GGAUACCUUUAGGACGCGUUCUUUAGAGAAAACAGGGCUCAGAAAUCCGAAGACUGAACAGUGACAAUGGGGAUGGACUCUGAAUACUUGAAGAGAAGUUUAGGAAAAUGUCUGGCAGAAGGACUGGCUGAAGUUGCAGAAAAAAGACCAAUGGAUCCCAUUGAGUACCUAGCACUCUGGAUUUACAAGUACAGAAGCAAUCUAGAUGAAUAUGAAAAGAGGAGGCUGGAGCGAGAAGAGCUUGAAAGAGAGAAAGAGGAGGCGUGCAAAGAACUGGAAAUGAUUGAAAAACUAAGAGAAGAGGAAAUUCUAAUACAGCAGAGAAUUGAGGAGACUAUGAAGAGUAAAGUUUUAGAUCAAGAUCCCGAGAAGACUCUCUCAGAACUUACUGAAAAGUUUGGGGUGCCCCACCUGCCGACAGUGGAGGAAAUAGAUGAGAAUCUGCCUAGUGCUGGGGGUAAACAGUUGAGCGUUGAGGUAUCUCCAAGGGGUGAUGACGAGGAAGUGGCCCCACCUGAAGGUUUGUCUGUGAAUGGAAUUGAGGCUGAUGUGCCACCAAGCCGGUCAUAUGAAACAAAGGGAUCAAGCUCAGAAGCUGGUAUGGAGAAAAGCCAAGAAGAAACUGAGGCGUCUGAUGGGGAGCACAAUAAGGAAUCUUUUCACAAAGCUGAUGAUAUAGAAGAUGUUAAAGAAAAAGAAACUGAUGCCCAAUCAGAAGAAGCUGAUACUUGAGAAUGACUUGUGUCAUGAAGAACUUAUAUGUUAAAGCGACAUAAAACUCAAACGUUUUCUUCCGUGAUUCAGACAGUAAAUACAAUUUAAAAUAACUUUCCAAUUUACUCAAAUUUGUUUCAUUCUGUUGGUAUCCUUUGUAGGAGUAGCAAUGUACUACUGGGAGCUAGCUGACACAGGUGAGCCAUUGACAAGAUACAAAUGUGUGUAGCUACCAAUCAGCAGCUUGCUCCCGGUAGUGCAUUGCUCCUGCUGAGAUUAUGUACAUAUACUUUUCAACAAAGGAUUCCAAGAGUACAAAGCAAAUGUAAUAUCCGUUUAAAGUUGUAUGCUUGAUCUGAAUCCUGAAGGUUUAAUUUUUACUUUAUAGUCCCUUUAAUGAAACAGAUACUGAUUUACAGAAACUAGAAGAAACUAAUUCCGAUUACAUUUACAUGACCGAGGGAGCUUAGUCUGGUUAUUUAUGCAGAUUCAUUUCUCCACAUUUCAGGUUCUGAUGUAUUAUCGCACAUCUAAGGAUGUUAAUAUGAAGGAAUUAUAGAAAGCAUUUAUUGAUAAAUUUGAUAAUAAUUGUGUUAUAACAGGAAUAUUUUCUUGUAUCUUAUGUUUUAAUAAUUUAUUAAAGAAUUUGUAAUUUAUUUUAAAAAAUUAAAAUAAAGACAGGUCAAUAAAAUCUGUAAUUAUGUUUUCACUUGACAGUAAUAUUUAAAGGGACAGUCUAGUCAAAAUUAAACUUUCAUGAUUCAUAUAAGUCAUGCAAUUUUAAACAACUUUAUAAUUAACUUUUAUCAAAUGUCCUUUGUUCUUUUGAUAUUCUAUGUUGAAAGCUAAACCUAGGUAGACUCAUGCUAAUUUCUAAGACCUUGAAGGCCGCCUCUUAUCUCAGUGCAUUUUGACAGCUUUUCAUAGCUAGACAGCACUAGUUCAUGUGGGCCAUAUAGAUAAACACUGUGCUCACUCCUGUGGAGUUAUUUAUGAGUUAGCACUAAUUGGCUAAAAUGCAAGUCUGUCAAAAGCACUGAGAUAAGGGACAGUAUGCAGAGGCUUAGAUACAAGGUAAUCACAGAGGUAAAAAGUAUAUUAAUAUAACUGUGUUGCAAAACUGGAGAAUGCAUAAUAAAGGGAUUAUCUAUCUUUUUAAUUAAUAACAA